AGUCUCCAAAGCCAAAAUGUUUUGACGUUUCGUUUUUUUGGUUAGGAAAAAAGUGCUUGUGUUUUCCUAAAAGUAAUUUCCAAAAUUUUGUAAAUCUCAGGUUUAAAAACCUUCUGCAAUCAUGGCGAUGUCCAAGACGACCAACACGUACAAUCGGCAGAACUGGGAAGACUCGGAAUUUCCCAUUCUCUGCCAGACUUGCCUGGGAGAUAAUCCCUACGUCCGGAUGAUUAAGGAGCGCUAUGGGAAGGAAUGCAAGAUUUGCAAUCGACCUUUCACAAUCUUCCGGUGGUGCCCUGGAGCCAGGAUGCGCUUUAAGAAGACCGAAAUCUGCCAGACAUGCAGCAAGCUGAAGAAUGUCUGCCAGACUUGUCUGCUAGAUCUGGAAUAUGGACUUCCGACGCAAGUACGCGAUGCUGCGCUGAAGAUUCAGGACGAUCUGCCCCAGAGUGAUGUGAACAAGGAAUAUUACAUUCAGAACAUUGACAAUCAGCUCAAGAACACGGAUGGGACAUCAGCAGCGGGAGCUGUGGGCAAAUCACUGGCUGCUAGUGAUAUGCUGGCCAAGUUGGCCAGGACAUCGCCCUACUACAAGCGCAAUCGCCCACAUAUCUGCUCAUUCUGGGUGAAGGGGGAGUGUAAGAGGGGCGAGGAGUGUCCGUAUCGUCACGAUAAACCCAAUGAACCGGAUGAUCCUCUGUCUGAGCAGAAUAUCAAGGACAGAUACUACGGAGUAAAUGAUCCCGUUGCGGAUAAAAUCAUGAAGAGAGCAGCAAGUCUCCCGACUCUCGAUCCGCCAGAGGACAAGAGCAUCACGACUCUGUACGUGGGAAACAUUGGGGAGCACAUUACGGAGACGGAUAUCAAGGAUCACUUCUACCACUACGGAGAGAUCAGGACAAUCACUGUCCUGCCAAGGCAACAGUGUGCCUUUGUGCAGUAUACCAAGAGAAGUGCAGCUGAAUUGGCGGCUGAGAAGACCUUCAACAAAUUGGUGCUUGGAGGCAGGAGGCUCACCAUCAAAUGGGCUCAUUCCCAGGGCAAACAGUACGUUCCGUCGAUGCCCCGUCUCCAGCGAAAUUACGAACCUGUUCCCGGACUUCCGAGCACUCUGCCAUUGCCCCCAAAUCCCAAUGAUUACUUCAAUCUCCAAGUGGCUGACAUGACAGUCCUCCCGGCAGGCAUGAAACUCCACCAGCUGCCACCUGGAGUCAUUCCCGGGGCUCCAUUGCCGCCCAUGUACAGCUCAGGGGCUCCCUUUCAGCCCGUUCAUGUCCCCGCUACGGCCAGCAUACCAGCCGCAGCAUCCGUUCCAGCUCCCAUCGUGCCGCCGCCUAUUGACGCCGGCACUGUGCACUACCCCAGCCAGGAUCCGUCUCGCCUGGGAUCCCUCAAGAAAUGAAUUUGUGUUCUUUGUAUCAAUAAAAAAUAAUUUCUCAAUUAAAAA